UCUGCCUUCUUCUUCUUCUUCUUUUUUUUUUUGGUCUGUUGUGGUCCGGUUUAUGGCUUUACUACUGCCUCUGAUUACUUUGCUUUGUUGAACAGAGGAAAAAGACCAUAAACGCUUUUGGCAUCCGUUGGCAUCCGGGUUCCUGUUGGAGCCGAGGGGUGCUCACAGGAGGAGGGAUUUGCUUCUUUCUCAGCCCACCAAGGAGAGUUACUUCAUCCCAACAAGGGAUGUUCAAAGUACUGGCUUGCUGGGGGAGGGGGGGGAAGCAAACAUAAAGAUAUUCAAUCGGAGGUGGGUCUGGUUUCCUUUUAUGGACCCUUCCAUAUAUUAUUAUGAUUCUCCCUUUAAUGCAGCUAAACAAAAGCCACGGAAAUCAAGCCCAGGUUUCCUAGCCCUAAUUGAAUUUUGAAAGAGCAAACCAAUAGCAGGAGGACGGAGCCUUGCUUCGUUUACACAUCAGCAGGUAUAUUUUACAUUUAAGGGGCAAUUUAUGGCCCUGGAUUGAAAUUAAAAUGAGAUUAGCUGUCUUCAUUUCAAUUAGUGUGUCGGGGCAAAUCCACCAGAGGAGUAGAAUACAGUCCACUCUCUAAUCUAACUAAAUAUUUCAAGGGGAAGUUUUCUAAUCAGCCACAGAUAUCUGAAGCCAUAAAUUCUGCCCCCUCCCCCGCCCUUUAUUUUUGCAAAUGUAAACACGAGGUGCUCCUUCCAACCGACACCGCUCCCUAGAGAAAGGGAAGGUAAUGAAAGACUGGGGGUGCUACAAAGGUAAACAGGACCCUAACAAUGACAAAUUCUUCCUCUUCCUUUUUUUUUUUUUUGUUGAAGCAAAGCAAUACUGGGUUAAAUUAUGUUAAAUGAAAAGAUUAAUAAAGCCAGCUCGGAAUUUUGGGGCCAGAAGGAAUGAAAGAAGGAGCUUGCAAAGUUCUUCCCAUUCCAAAAUCCAGGAAUGCUCUCCAAGAAGAUAUGGUCUCCAUCCAACUGUCACUUCUUUCCCUGCCUGUCUUUUCAAAGAUUGUUUUUUUGGAAAACACUAGCAUUUAAUUCCACGUUUAUUGACUGACAGUAAAUUAGUGGCGGGAAAGAGAAUUUAUGGUUUAAUAUUUUAUGCAUACUUCAGAUUUAUGGCUAUAAUUUCUGUGCUGUUUGGUUGUUAGAGGUAUUAAGCAAGGUAUUUAUUCAAAAGAAUAAAUAUCCUGAUUUCUGUUCUCUAUGGUUCCUUUCCUUUCCUUUCCUUUCCUUUCCUUUCCUUUCCUUUCCUUUCCUUUCCUUUCCUUUCCUUUCCUUAAUAUUUUUAAGGCAACGCUUUCUCUGCACUAUGAUUUUCUUUCCUUUUUUCCCCCCUUAUCCUUUUUUGCCCCUCCUUCUUCAGUCCUCUCCCACCUUCCCUCUCCCCCCCCCACAAUCAUACUUACUCUUUUCCCCCCUCUUCUUCUAAACCGUCUUUAUAUUUAGAAUUUCGAGACUUACUUUCAAUGCAUACUUAGUUUCAACUGGGGAAUCAACACAAGCAAAAGCCAUUUUUUCCGUGUCUUGACAUCCAGUUUUCUAUUGGCUCACCGCGGGUCAGCUGACUUUGUCAUUUUGUCUGUCCUGGAGUGGAGCCGUCCCUAUAACAAUCUAGUUCAGACUACAAACUGGAGACAGAAAUAAAUAUUAAAGAAAUCAUACAAGCCAGGUACAGGGGGGAAGAUAUGAAUUCCUAUUUCACAAACCCGUCGCUCUCUUGCCACCUCACCAGUGGUCAAGAGGUCCUGCCCAGCGUGCCGCUCAAUUCCACUGCCUAUGACCCUGUAAGGCAUUUUUCAACUUAUGGAGCAGCGGUCGCUCAAAACAGGAUCUAUUCAUCUCCUUUUUAUUCACCGCAAGAUAAUGUUGUGUUUAGCUCCAGUCGGGGACCAUAUGAUUACGGAUCGAAUGCGUUUUAUCAAGAAAAGGACAUGCUCUCUAGCUGCAGGCAAAAUUCUAUGGGACACAAUACACAAACUUCUAUUGCACAGGAUUUUACAAGUGACCAAAACAGGAGCACGUCCCAGGAACAGAAAGCUAGCAUUCAAAUAUACCCGUGGAUGCAGCGCAUGAACUCCCACAGUGUUUGUUUGGUUUCCGAAUCCCUAGGAGUCGGCUACGGAGCAGAUCGGAGGAGGGGGCGUCAGAUCUACUCGCGCUACCAGACGCUGGAACUGGAGAAGGAGUUCCAUUUUAACCGCUACUUGACGAGGCGGCGGCGGAUUGAGAUCGCCAACGCGCUGUGCCUCACGGAACGCCAGAUCAAGAUCUGGUUCCAAAACCGGAGGAUGAAAUGGAAAAAAGAGAGCAAUCUGACUUCCACUCUCCCCGGGGGAGGUGGGGCUGGAGAAGCCGCCGAGAGCUUGGGCGCAAAGGAAGAGAAAAGAGAAGAAGAGACACAGGAGGAAAAAGCGAAGGAAUGAACGGGGACGGCUCGGCCAAGAAAAUUUUCUUCCCCUCCCCUCCGGUCUCACCCACGAGCAUAUCACAGAGAAGGUUCCCUUCUUUUCCUCCCGCCACCCGACUCCCUCCUGCCUUCCUUUCCCUUCUCAUUACUGCAGGCACAAACGCUACAUUGGGUUAAAUUAAAAAGGGGUGGGUGCGUGGGGGAGAUAGAAAUCCCCUUCCUCCAUCUUCCAGUUUCCAGCGCUCAGGUUCCAGACCCCUGACUCCCAAAUCUCCUUUUAGAGGCUCCUGUCUCCCUUGUUCCUGGCCUCCUUGCCCAGUGACCCGGGUUUUUUUCCUAAAGUACAUACAUACACACAAACACACACACAUAAUCACAUACAGAGAGAGACACACACACAGACACGAGUAAGAGAAACUCCCCCUGCCAUUCCUUCUUCGCCCUCCCUAGACAGAAUCCCGCUUGCCAAAGGAGAAGAGUUCUGUGUUAGGGGGCUGCCUUCGGGUAGUGCUGGGUUCGACCAUGCAGGUCCAAAAGAACUACGGGCAGUUUCACUUUCCUAAUAAAAUAAAAUUAAAAAAAAAAAAGAAGAAGGAAGGAAAGGCGGCUGGUGGCGAUGUGGAUUCGUGGAAAAGAAGCUGGGUUGGGGAAAAAGAAAAAAGAAAACACAUAACACAGUUCACCGACUCACCUAGCCCUAUGAAAAUAACUUCCCUCCAUAUAUCCAUCUCGAAGUCUACGUCCGCCUAAAUAUAGCGCUUUCUUUCCAGAGUAAACUCAUUGUAUUGAAAACACUACCUGAAGUCAUGAUGCAUCCGACAAACUGUGACGGUUCCUGUGUGAAUAUUUUUAGCUGUAUUUGUGGUCUCUUGUAUUUAUAUUUAUGUUUAGCACUGUAAUGGUCAAACGGUAAAGUGAAUGGCAUUCUAUAGCGAGUAGGAGAAAAGCAAACCUUGUGUUAAGCUUCCUAGCAUCAUGUAUAAAAAAAAAAGUCAUGUCCAAAGGACUAUGGUUGAGUAUUUAAUAAAAACUGGAUAUUAUUUUUAAAAAUUA